GUGUGAGAGUGAGUAAGAUGGCGGCAGCGUCCGUCGAGUUCCAGAGGGCUCAGUCUCUCCUCAGCACCGACCGCAAUGCGUCCAUCGAUAUUUUACACUCGAUAGUGAAGAGGGACUUUGAGGAAGAUGAUGAGGAGGCGCUGCGGGUCAAGGAGCAGAGCAUCCUGGAGCUGGGCGCCCUGCUGGCUGCGACGGGGCAGGCGGCCGAGCUGGGGGGUCUGCUGAAGUACGUGAGGCCAUUUCUGAUGUCCAUCAGCAAGGCGAAGGCGGCGCGCCUCGUGCGCUCUCUGCUUGACCUCUUCCUGGACAUGGAGGCGGCCACGGGGCAGGAGGUGGACCUCUGUCUCGAGUGCAUCGAGUGGGCCAAGUCCGAGAAGAGGACCUUCUUACGACAGGCGCUCGAGGCCCGUCUGGUUUCCUUGUACUUUGACACAAAGAGGUACCAGGAGGCGCUGCUGCUCGGGUCUCAGCUGCUCCAAGAGCUGAAGAAAAUGGAUGACAAGGCCCUGCUGGUGGAAGUUCAGCUGUUGGAGAGCAAAACAUACCACGCCCUCAGCAACCUGCCCAAGGCCCGCGCUGCGCUCACCUCCGCCAGGACCACCGCCAACGCCAUCUACUGCCCCCCCAAACUGCAGGCUGCGCUGGACAUGCAGUCAGGGAUCAUUCAUGCGGCCGAGGAAAAGGACUGGAAGACGGCGUACUCCUACUUCUAUGAGGCGUUUGAGGGCUACGACUCCAUCGAUAGCCCCCGGGCCAUCACUGCGCUCAAAUACAUGCUCCUUUGCAAGAUCAUGCUCAACUUUCCAGAGGAUGUGCAGGCUCUGAUCAGCGGGAAACUGGCCCUCCGCUACGCAGGCAGACAGACAGACGCACUGAAAUGUGUGGCACACGCCAGUAAGAACAGGUCGCUGGCAGACUUCGAAAAGGCUUUGUCGGAGUACAGGGCAGAGCUGCGUGAAGACCCCAUCAUCAGCACCCACCUGACGAAGCUUUAUGACAACUUGCUGGAGAAGAACCUCAUCCGUGUGAUUGAGCCCUUCUCCAGAGUGCAGAUAGAACACGUAUCAGCUCUCAUCAAACUGCCCAAGGGGGACGUCGAGAGGAAAUUGUCACAGAUGAUUUUGGACAAGAAAUUUCAUGGCAUCCUGGACCAGGGCGAAGGUGUCCUCAUCAUAUUUGAUGAGCCGCCAGUAGACAAAACCUAUGAAGCAGCUCUCGAAACGAUUCAGAACAUGAGCAAAGUGGUGGAUUCGCUUUACAACAAAGCAAAGAAACUGACAUAGGAGUGAAGAUGUCGGCGUGAGCCUGGACCAUCUUCUCCACCGCAUUCAGGAUGGCAGAGAGCGGAAGGUGUCCGUGUGCGCAUCGUCUCGGGGGGGUCGGUGGGGGUCAAAAUUUGGGGGUAAAAAUUCCACAAAGUGCAGCAGGACUCCAAGUUUCCUUCAAAAAAAAUUUUUUUUUUUUUUAAAACUUUCCCUUCAGUGAACAAAGAGCUUUUCAUCUGUCUUGUCACUUUUUAAGGUGUCUGUCUCCUUUGGGACUCUCUCAAACAGCUCAGUGGCCCAUCAGGGAAUAUUAUACAGAACGGUAAAACACGUUAAAAAAAAACCUGUAUAGAAUAAAUAUUUGCACAUAUAAUCGCAGCUCCCACAGAACACAUGGCUUCGCCUGGCAGAGCUGCAAGGUCUCCUGUUGGUUUGACCACAGUUGGCAUUAUGUCUGCUUCUUCUCUCGUUGAGAAGCACAGCAACCGCUCAAGAGAUCAUUGCGUUUUUUUUCUUCUAAUGUGGCCCGAAUAACAUGGUAAAUAUCUGUGACCACUUCCACAGAAUAUCGCCAAGCAUCCACCUGUCCCUCGUCUCUCCAGUUUAUUUUUUCAUCGACCAGUUCCACUCUGCGCUGCAGUAACAGGAGCCGAUGGAGCGCAGGGACAGAAGUGCACUUUGUUCUCGAUGUUCGAUAGACUCCUCUGCGUUUUCCUCUCCCUGGGGUUCUGCACAGGUUUACUGUAUGAACUGUAUGUCGCCAUGUGCUGUGGCUGUGUACAACAUGACUCUGUGUGUUGAUGCUGGGUUACAGAGACUUACUGUAUUUGUAGUUCACACACAGAAUGCAGUCAGCACAGACUCGUGUUUAACUUAAGGAAGCAGUUCUGAGAUCAGUUCUCUGUGAGCCUUGUAGAAAUGUGUGUUUGUGUGGCUCAACACUGGAAUGUGCUUUUUUUUUUUUUUAAUAGGGAGGAGUGUUCGUUAGAUUGGGAUGGACAGAGAGAGGGAGGCAAGUGGACGGGUGGGUGGAUGGACAGACGGCUGAUGGUGAAGCCCUUUCCCCAGCCGGGGGACACAUGCAUACUGUUGCUGGGCUCGUUGGUGCUGGACGCUUGGCCUCGGUCCUGCUAGAACUCGGAACGUUUACAAAGCCUGUGUUUUGUGGUCUUUCUGCGCUGCUUCGUUUUUAGUGUCAGUUGGAAUUAUAAUUUUCCUCCACAAAGAGGUGGAGUUUGCUGAAGUCUUCCUGGGUGGCGCUGCACUUGCCAAUCUUCGCCAUCUGUCUCUGUGGGCGGCAAAUUUGCUCGGCACACGUCUCCCUCCACUUUGGGAGCAUUGCGUUGGCAGGUAGGACGAGUGGACAUUGUUGGAUCUUUUUGGUAUGACAAACACGUGUCCAAGACUGCUCUGUCAGGAGGGUCUUUAGAGGAAUUGCUGCUUCUGUCUCUUCUGUCCUGGAUACACCAAUAUACCAUGAAAUAUACCAUGAAAUACACCUGUCAACGCUAAAAGAUUCACCAGAGUUGGUGUAAAAUUCACCCAAAAUUGCAGUGCAGAAUAAGCAACAAGGUCAUGGGGUCCGUGGCCCAGUGUUCCUGUAGAGAAGAACCUUUGUGUUCCGAGCCGUUGUGCCGAUGCACAUAUAAUACAUACCAUAUUUACCACGCUCUUCAUUGUUUUUGAUAAAUGACACUGGCUUGAUCAGUAGAUUUAAGUUAAAAUUGUGUCAUUGUUGAAUGUUUGGAUUGUACUUUACAGAGGGUCGCUCUACUGCAAAAACAUGAGAAUGAGGUUUGAAACCCAUGUGGUGUUUGGGGAACAAGGAGACACUGAAUUCUGUUCUUACCAUAGUACUUUUUUCAGCAGGACCAUUACUGGAGUGGGGCCACUUUUUAAAGAUUUUUGUUUUUUGUGCGUAUUUAACAAAAGUGUUCUGUGAACAAAUGGCCUCAGAUCUGCCAUCUUUAUAGUCCUUUUCCCAGAGUUCAGAGCCACUGCUGAGCACUUUGGUUUUUAAAACACUAUGUUUGUAUUAUAGCCCUCCCAACACCCCCGUCCCCCUGCCGCCCCCCCAAACCCAGAACAAAGGAAGUCCGGUUGCCUGUAUGGGUGUGUCGAUGCCAUCAAUAUCAAACGUACAAACGG